AUGAGACUUGGGGAUUUUUACGUUCUCGUCCACCUCAGUGCUUUUAUACCAAGCGUAACAGGAAAGUGUUCCACUAACAUCCCCCGGAGAUGGCCAUUGACUCCAGAAGUUUGUACUGACCAGGUCCUAUCUAAUCCUGACCUACGGUUCUCCAACUGUCCUCAAACGUUCGUCAAGGACCUUCCCGCUCUCUACACACCGCCGGUCUCUCCUUUUUCCGUCAAUCUUUCCGCUGAUUCAGUCCUUGAUUUACGUAUUACUACCACUGCGCCGUCCGGGGAUUAUGGAUUCUCGGCCUUUGUAAAACCAGCUACAAAUGACGACAGUUGUAUUCUCCAUUACAAAUCCGACGACGGCAGUUUUGAGAUGAAGUUCCUUUCCACAGCCUCUGGAACAAAUGCAUCUAUCAUUGGAUGGGACUCCUGCGCUUCUAAUGCCUUACAGGUUGGGCAGUGGCAGAAAAUUGCCAUGGCAACGGAUGCUAGUCCCUCAAAGCUUAAUUUAAUCAUUGAAGGAGCACCCUUUGACGACAGCAAUGUAAACACCUUGACUUGGAAGCCUGAUACUACAGUCCCUAUUUUUAAAACACCGGGUACACUUAGAGUUGGGGGAUCUUUUGACGGGGAAACAUUCAGCGGAUUGGUGUCAUGUGUUGGUUUUGUUGAGAGCCAAAAUAUCGACUGUUCCAGGGAUUGCUUCGAUUCAAGUACCUGGUCUUCAAUCAACAUGUAUCCCGAGAAAAGACACUAUGGGACGUUCUCGCCUACCGAAACCGGAAAAAUACCGAACCUGACACCGAUCAACGUCACAUCCGCGGGCAGCAUAAGUUCUUGUGCCUUACAAUGCUUGAAGAAUGUCCUACUCUGUGUAAGCGUAGCGUACAACACGGCCACCGGAACUUGUUCUUUUUAUCCGAAUUUCUAUUUUGUUAAUCUGACUUCCUCUCCAAACACCAACCUCUAUGUUUUACAGCCAUAUUGA